UUAGUUUCUGUUAGCCGCUCAGGAUCUCGUGGUCACAGGAUGGAAAGGAGAAGGCGCCAAAGCUCUCUUCCCUACAGAAGGAGUGAGGCCAAGUACGCUGCCCGGGUGUCCGGCUUCAGCGUUGGGACAGUAACCCCAAUAUCAGGGACAGGCCCUUCGCUCGCCGGUCCAGCCCCUCUCCGGGCACGGAGUCCGAUGGCGGCGACCACGCUGAGGCGCGUGGCUGAGGUUCUUAUGACCUUUGGGGAUAUAGCCGUGUACUUCUCCAGGAAGGAAUGGCUCCUCCUGAAUGAGGCUCAGAGACGCCUGUACCUCGAUGUGAUGCUGGAGAACUAUGCUCUUAUAUCAUCUCUGGGUUGCUGCUGUGGAGCAGAGGAUGUGGAGGCACCCAGUGAACAAAAUAUUACUGUAAGAGUCUCAAAGGCUGUGAAUCUUAAGUCAGCACACUCUUCCCAGAAGAGCCACCCCUGUGAGAGUUGUGGGCGUGUCUUGAGAAAUAUUUUCUUCUUGGUUGACCAACAGGGCCCAACACUCCUGAGGUGUGGGGCGUGUGCAAAACCAUUUUAUUUCAGUGCGCAGACUCACCAGCAGGGCACAACACAGAAUGGUUUCAUAGGAAGUGUGGACAGAGUCUCACUUGAAAACAGCUGCAAGUUCUAUGUGCCCAGGGAGCCUUCUAGCUCUAGUCAGGUCGGAAAAUGCUUGCUCGUCAGUUCCGGGCACCGUGAGCAACUGGCUGCUUGGUCCAUGUCUAGGAGAAACAAAAUCUCUAAGUUUGGAAUGACUUUUAACACUACAAAAUAUUACAUACCAAGGCAAAGCAAGAAGACCAUUGGUGGUGAUGACAAACUUGAGAACCAGAGAUUCCUUACUAGAAGAAAGUGUUUUUUGUGUUGUGAAUGUGGGAAGUCUUUUAUCAGAAUUUCUGCCUUCCGUGCUCAUCAGAGACUUCACACUAGAGAAAGGGUUUAUAAAUGUGGUGAAUGUGGGAAAUCAUUUACACAAAAUAUCAUCCUCCGUCGUCAUCAGAAAGUUCACACUGGAGAAAGCCUUUAUGAGUGCGGUCAGUGCAGAAAAUCUUUUACCCAUAGUAGUUCCCUCCGUCUUCACCACAGAGUUCACAGUAAAGACAGGGCUUAUGAGUGCAGUCAGUGUGGAAGAUCUUUUCCUAGUAGGUAUGCUUUUCAUUGUCAUCAGCGAGUUCACACUGGAGAAAAACCUUACGAGUGCAGUGAAUGUAAGAAGUGUUUUAGACAGAGCUCCACCCUUAUUCAACACUACAGAGUUCAUUCUGGAGAAAAACUGUUUUAGGAAACUUACGAGUAGCUCUGCCUUUUGUCAUUGAAGUGUUUACACUGGAUAGAGGCUUUUUGAGUGUGGUAAAGUUCAGAAAUCUUUCACCAGUGAUUCUGCUGGUAUUAUCAGAGUUCACAAAGGAGAGAGGCUUUAUGAGUGCUCAGAAUGUAGGAUAUCUUGUAGCUGUAGCAAUCCACCCAUAUUAAUAUCAAACAGUUCACUGAAAAGAAAGGCCUUAUGAGUACAGUGACUGAAGAUUAUCUGUCACGAUAACUUCCAUUGUCAUCUGCUAGUUCACACAGGAGAAUGGUCUUUUGGCUGCAGUGACUGGGAAGUCUUAUAUCAGUAAUUUCCAUUAUAUCAGUUUACACUGUAGAAAUGCCUGUUGGGCGCUGUGAAUAUGGGGAAUCAUGGCUACUGGUAAGAUUCCCCAUAUUCUCAGUGAUUGAAUUCACAAUUCACAAUGAUUGAGUUUUUAUAAGUUAAGUAACUUUGGAAAAUCUUUUGUUGUUUUGUUGUAUUUUUGAGAGUUCACAGAGGUGAAAGAUUUUAUAUAUAUAUGCAAUGUGAUAACUUUUUCUUAUAACACUGAGCUCCUUUAUUCAGAGAUUCCACUCUGAGGAAGAGCCUUAUGAGUACAGUGAAUGUUGAAAAUGCUUUUUCUAUCCUUUUUACUUAUCAUCAGAGACGUCACACAGGAUAUAGGCCUUACGGGCACAUCAAAUUUAAAUAUUUUAUGUCAGAGUCAUAGUCACUUUGAUCACAGUUCAAACUGGUGAAAGGCUUCACAUGUAAAGUGAACUUGGAAAAUCUGUAGCAAUAAAUUUCUACCCCUCAAACGUUGAAGUGUUCUCACUAUGUAAAUGGUUAUAUUUUGGGAAAUGUGUUUUGUUUUUUUUUCCCAGUGCAGUGACACUGAAGAGAACUUUCUGAGGAAACCUCUGAAUUUAAUUUUAUAUGUUCACAGUGUGGACAUGUCUCAGAUUUUAAUGUUUAAAUUCUGAAGAACCUAACAAAGUAAGAACUAAACCAGUUGUGACUUUAUACAUUCUUACUCAUAGUGUAUGGUGGUGGUUUCUCCCCGUAUAAAAAUCUUGAGUGUUUUAUAUUUAUCAGUUCUAGCUCUUUUUAUAUGUUCAUCAUGCUCUCUCUGUUGUUUUAGUUGCAUUUCUCUGAGGAUUUAUAAUGAGCAUUUUUGUAGUUGUAUAUGCACUACUGAUUUGUUUUUAGUAUAUUGUGUGCUCACAUAAUUUACCUAUUGUAUUCAUUUCAGCUCACUCCUGUAACAGGAUAUAAAACAGUAAAGAUCUGUGUUACAAUGUU